CCGGCUUCUUUCUUCAUUCUUAGUGACUAGUUGAGGCUCAGCUUCGGUGAAUUCGUAGAUGAAGUUGAUGGUAUUACAAGCUUUUUAGCAAGAAUUUAAAAAGAAUCUUUGGCUAAAGAUUGAAAUGCUGGUCUGGAGAAUUCAAGGGACAUUUCACACGGGUUCUCAUGUCGGGAGAAAGUCGAAAGCGUCGGCAUGGAUCUGUAUCAACGGAAAAAGAAUCUGUUUUAGAUCCAUCAGAUAAAGGGCGCCUUAUUGUCGUUGAAGACAAACCAUUCGCUGCUAUCCUACCUUGCGUGACAGAUCUUCGUGGAGUCGGAGCAGAUUCGGAGCUCGACAAACCUCCAUCCCUAUCCGACGACAUUCCAAGAAUACAGGGAAGUACAGAUAAUUCCAGAAAAGAGGCUACUGAACACGAUGAAGCAAACAUCGUGGGUGUAAAAGCUUCUUCUUCAACCGUUUUGUCUGGUUUGUCCACGUCAGCCGUGGUUAGGGGAGAGGUCGCGGAUUCGUCACUUCCAAAUACCACUUCAACUACACCACAUACCUUGGUGCAAUCAAACGAUUGUGUACGGACUGUGGCGGAAACAUCCCCCAUGCCUGAUCUCUUUGCCCAAGAUGACGAUGGAGAUACGUUCUUACACAUUGCUGUUGUACAGGGUGACCAACCACUGAGUCAAUUUUUCAUCGAGAGAAUGAAGUUAAAAGGAGUUGACAUUUUCAACAAGCUUAGACAAACGCCGUUACAUCUUGCUGUGAUUACUCAUCAAAAAUAUCUGGUUGAGAAGCUGGUAGAGGGCGGGGCAGAUGUUAAUUUGAUGGACAGGCACGGACAGACCGCGCUUCACUUGGCCUGUCAGAAUGGUGACAUCAAUUCUGUCUUUGCUAUCCGUGACGUCACACAUAGAUGCCACUUGCAAAUCAGACUGGAUCUGAAAAAUUUCCAAGGAUUUUCAGCUCUUCAUGUAGCGACUUUGCGUGGGAACAAACAACUUGUGGAAACAAUUCUUGACAUGGGAGCAGAAAUUAACGAUCAGGAUUCCAACAGUGGUCGCACAGCUUUGCAUCACGCAGUGGAGGCUGGAAAACAUCACGUGGCAGAGUACUUGAUAUCACGUGGAGCUGAUGUCAAUAAAGUGACGUUCGCGGGAAACACUCCGCUUCACACGGCUAGCGGCCGGGACAUGGAGCCGAUGGUGAAAUUACUUAUUGAACACGGCGCCAACGUGAACAUUGCUAACCUGGAGGGUGAUAUUCCGAAAGUGGGGCAAACAAGUGAACAGGCGAAGAGACAUUUCCGAUCCAAAGAAAAACAAACUAAAAGGCGAAAGAAAUAAUACUGACAUUAUCUGUACACCAUUAAUCACUUUGACGGGAACUGAGCGAAUUGGUUUGAGUUCACAGAAGUCGUGCCAAGGAGCCUGGGAAAUUUGAGUCUUACUCGGUGUGGUUCGGAUUUUGCUGUGGGAAUGGGCCGGCUAAAGUAACUGCUUGCAACUCAAGAUGCUUUGAAAGUGGCCUCAAGUAUGCAGAUGGAAAUGGCAGUUCUUUUGAAAAAUGACAGUUGUAAACCAUUGACAUUACAAAAAAAGUUUUCUCGUAACCUCUUCCUAUCUUCGCUUUCUAUCGCUGGCGUUUUGCUUUUAUCCACUGCUUUGCUAUUUUCGCCAAAUUUGAGGGCGAUAGCUCUUUAACUAGGCAACAAACACUGAACUUUGUCAAAUCACCCUUGUGGCGAUUUGGCGAUCCUUGUAACCUAAAGCCUAAAAUAGUCAUGCUUUUAUAAAUUCACGCUGUUUUGUGUCUUUUAAUAGCUAAUUCGUUUAGAGGAUAACACACACAACCAAGUAGGUUUAAAAAAAAAUUAAAAGCUUUAGCAAAAAGAUAAAGAGAAAAACUGAUAAACUAUUCUUCGAAAACGAAUUAUUUCCCUGAGUUAAUAGACAACUAUUUACAUUUCGGACAAAUUCUUAGACAUUGCUAUAAAUUUACCUUUAAAGUUAAGUUUGAGUUAUAUAUAUAUAUAUAUAUGACAAAUUUCCAGCCGGCUGCAAUUUACUCAAAUUUUUAUUACAUCAUAUAGGAAAGUGUUCACCCAUAUUUAACACAAACUACCUAUUUGAAAGGAAGCCUGUGAUGAAAUGAGUUUGCCCACGCCAUAAAAUCUUAGGCUCUGACAUAACGAAGGAAAACUAAAAGCAAACAAUUAAGACGUUUUCAGCGAAGAAUUCACAUGCUCUCCGUACGCCCUCACCAAAGCUAUAGAUCACUAAAAGUUGCUCCGUUUGACCCAUUAAAGCUUCAACAUUUCGCA